GCCUUGUUUGUCGGUAUAGGCAGGUGAAUGAAGCCACGGCAAUUGAGCCUGCGCCUUCAUCCGGCCAUAGCAUGGCCUGCCAUAAUGAUGAUGCGCACCGACUGCGGAGUAUAUGUAUUGGCGGGGCCGCCAUUCGCAAUGCUGUGGUGUAAGUGCCUUCUCACACUCUGAAUCACGAUGUGGGAGAUUUUAUUUGCAGCGUUCGCUGCCACGGCUGCGGCCCAAGCAGUCAAUUUUACCGUCUCUUCUUCUGGUGGCACCGCCACUUCACCAUAUCAGUAUGGCAUCAUGUUCGAGGACAUCAACCACAGCGGAGACGGCGGCGUGUACGCGGAGCUGGUCCAGAAUCGUGCAUUUCAAGGCAAUUCCAUCUUCCCAAGCAACCUUUCCAGCUGGUAUCCCAUUGGAGGAACAGAGCUUUCUUUGUACAAUUCAUCCAACCCGCUGUCGUCAGCUUUGCCGGCUUCGAUGCUGGUCACUGUGGCCAACGACUCUUCUGGCGAGGUCGGGUUUUGGAACGAGGGGUACUGGGGUUUCCCGAUCGUGGAGUCAUGGAACUACAACGGCUCUUUUUACGUCAAUGGCAACUUCAAUGGCAAUCUGACGGUGUCUUUGCAAUCAAACACUACCGGCAAGACUUACGCAACAGCAGCAGUAGCAGUAGACUCCACUGCAUCUGCGUGGAAACAAUUCUCGUACCAAUUCAACCCCACUAGCGAUGCGCCAGACAGCAACAAUACCCUUCGAUUCACCAUGGACGCGUCGGACGUGCAAGAGCCAUUGAACUUCAAUCUGCUCAGUUUGUUCCCGCCAACGUACAACAAUCGACCAAACGGCUUGCGUGUCGAUUUGAUGGAGGCGAUGGCGCAGCUCAAGCCCUCCUUCUUCCGCAUGCCUGGCGGCAACAACAUCGAGGGCGACGCACCUCCGUACUGGUACAACUGGACGAAUACGAUUGGGCCGCUGGUCGAUCGCCCUGGCUACCCCGGAGCCUGGACUUACGAGAACACCGACGGACUCGGCCUGAUUGAGUACAUGCUAUGGGCCCAAGACCUGAACAUGGAGCCAGUCCUUGCCGUAUGGUCUGGACACUAUCUUGAUUCCGUCUCUUUGCCUGAAGAUCAGCUUGCGCCAUACGUGCAGGCUGCAGUCGACCAACUGGAGUUCUUAAUGGGCGACACUUCUACCCAAUGGGGCGCCGAGCGUGCGAAACUGGGCUACCCGGAGCCCUUUGAAAUCAACUUUGUCGAAGUGGGGAAUGAAGACAGUCUGGGUGAUGGCAUGGAGUCCUAUGCAGCGUAUCGAUUCGCAGCCUUCUAUCAUGCCAUUCAUGAUGCCUAUCCCAAUAUCAACAUCAUGGCGAGUUAUUACGACGUGGGGCCGGUGCACCCUCCCUUCCCUCACACUUCUGGAGAUUUCCACGAAUACGGCGUGCCUCUCGACUUCAGCAGUCAAUUCAACUACUUUGACAACUACACUGCUGCGCAUCCCUUGCUCUUGGGCGAGUAUGCCGUCAUUCAGUACGACGCACCCGGCGUGGACGGUCCAAACUACAGCCCUGGUGCUCCUCGCGCCAUGUUUCCCUUCUGGUAUGGAACUGUCUCUGAGGCCGUCUAUCUCCUCGGAGCAGAGGUCAACUCGGCCAAGAUCAUCGGCGCAGCGUACGCGCCCAGCUUCAUGAACCUGAACAACUGGCAAUGGAUCCCAGACAUGAUCGCCUUCGACGCCAACCCGGCGAACCUCCUCCUGUCGACCAGCUUCCGCAUGAUCGAGUUACUCUCGGGCACACGCAUCACCGAGAACCUGCCUACCUCUGGCAAUGCGUCGAACCCAGUAUAUUGGGUUGCAGGGCGCAACGACAUCACAGGCUCGCACAUCUUGAAAGCAGUCGUCUACAAUAGCACCGCAGACGUCCCAUUCAGCGUGACCUUCGAAGGCAUCGGAGCGGGCGCGGCAGCCAAUUUGACUUAUUUGACGGCCCCAAUGAACUCCAGCAAUACCCUUGGCAACGAAGUCGUUCAGACCUCCGUGUCAACCGUGACGGCCGGCAGCAGCGGAGCGUUCAGUUUCACAUUACCUCCGUACAGCAUUGCCGUCAUGGAAAUUGGCGCGGGCGCAGUGGGUGGAGGUUGGAACUAUACCGAGCCCUCGAGCCGGGAGGGCUGGCAGGGCUGGAACGACUGGCAGGGCGGACGAUUGAAUGCAACGUGGAACGAGUGGGGUCAGCGAGUGGGUUGAGUUGAAAGGAAAUGAUAUAUCAGCAGCCAUAGACCGGCAGUGAUAGCACGAUAUGCUGAGCCGCGGACCGUCUACAACACGUCUGGUCCAACUCUUGUAACCCUGGAUUCGUCAUGCGAAUUCAUAAGGUACUGUUGAACUACCCGACUUUCUAUCGUCGUUCUGGCCGCAUUUCCGAGUCAGGAAAUGGAGCGAGUUGCGAGUAGGAAGGCGGCUACACCGCCAUGUACCCAGGGGCGUUUUUGGGGCGUUCGGUUCACUAAUCAAAAGACACCCGCCGCGUCCAGCACGCGAGAUCAUUGUUUAAGAGAGCAUCUAGGGCGUUGUUAGCCUUUGGAUUAGUAAAC